CUGCGUCAACCGGCGAAACAGGUCACGUGUCCGGGCGGAACCCGCCCAUCACGCGGCCGUUCUGGCCUGGGGCUCUCGAGAUGGAGGUCGCGGGGCUGGUGGAUUGUCACUGCCACCUCGCGGCGCCGGACUUUGAGCGGGAUAUUGAAGAUGUAUUGGAAGAAGCAAAGAAGGCUAAAGUUUUGGCCCUUGUGGCAGUUGCUGAACACUCAGGAGAAUUUGAAAAAAUUAUCCAGCUUUCGGAAAGGUACCCAGGGUUUGUCUUGCCAUGUCUGGGAGUUCAUCCAGUUCAAGGUAUUCCACCAGAGGAACAAUGCAGUGUUACUUUAAAGGACCUGGAUGCUGCAUUGCCACUUAUAGAACUCUAUAAAGAUAGAUUGUUGGCAAUCGGAGAGGUUGGACUAGAUUUCACUCCCAGAUUUGCCAGCACUGAUGAACAGAAGCAGGAGCAAAGACAAGUCUUGACCAAACAGAUUCAAUUAGCGAAAAGACUGGAUUUGCCUUUAAACGUCCAUUCUCGUUCAGCUGGAAGACCAACCAUUAGCCUCCUAAAAGAACAAGAUGCUGAAAGGGUAUUGCUCCAUGCAUUUGAUGGGAGGCCAUCUGUGGCCAUGGAAGGAAUGAAGGCUGGAUAUUUCUUCUCCAUUCCUCCUUCCAUUAUAAGAAGUGAACAGAAGCAGAAGCUUGUGAAACAGUUGCCCUUAGAAUGUAUGUGCUUAGAAACCGACUCUCCUGCACUAGGUCCUGAAAAACAGCUGAGAAAUGAACCAAAGAAUAUUUUCAUUGCUGCUGAGUAUAUUGCCAAAAUGAAAGGAAUCCCAGUGGAAGAAGUUAUAGAAGUGACGACGCAGAAUGCACUGAAACUGUUUCCCAAACUUCAGAAAUUUCUCUGGAAAUAGACCCAGAAAUGUUUAAAAUUUGCAAUUACAUUAUGUCCCAACAGCUAACGUGUACAAUAAAAAAAUACAUCUUGUCCUAAGUGCAGGAUUUUACUAUCAAAUAAUUCAGCAUAUAUACAUGCUUUUUAAAUGAAAGUUAUGAGCGUGAUGGGAUCUGUCUUAUAUCUUGUUACCCAUUCAUCCUUCCGAUAUCUGAUCGAGAUAUAGAUUCAUAUUAGUCUCCUAAAUAAAUAUGGAAGAAGAGUCUCUCUCAUAUUGGUGAUCUAAUAUUAUAGCUGCCUGACUUAGCUCAACACUAUGUAAAAUCAUGGCCCUAUUGAAGUCAAUGGCCAAACGCCCAUAAACUUCAAUUGGCCCAGGAUGUCGUCCCAAUAGUCAGAGAAAUUAUCUUCAUAGUACUCUAAUCAUUACUCCUAAGGCCCGGCUGAGUAAGGGGGCAUAAUGUGGGGUCUCUGUGGAGUUACUGUGUUAAAACAGGACAGCGAGUGAGAAUCUGUUCUCCUACCCCAGUCUAUAGCCACUAUAAACUUCUACACCAGAGCUGGACCUGACCUGAACCAAAAUCCCGUAUCCGAAUGCUCCAAACUCUGGCAAGUUCAAAUCUGCAUCCCAGUGUUGUGAUCUGGGCCCAUGUAUCAAAUGUUCGUACUGUUUUAAAACCUAAGACUUGUCUACAGGGUGUGUCCGUUUGAAAUGGACAUUAACACACAGUAGGGGGCUUUUUUAGCAUAUGCCAGCAGGGUCCAGAGGGGCCAGUUAAUGUGUUGAAUGCUCGUGUGUGCAUUAGAAUUUACACCCCUCUAAUGUGGACUAAUGCACUCUGAAGACAAGUCAAAUCUUGUCUCCCUUAAUAUAUAGAGAUUUUCUUAACUGCCUUUUU